AUGAAGUUAAGUCGCCAGUUCACCGUGUUCGGCAGCGCGAUCUUCUGCGUGGUCAUUUUCUCCCUGUACCUGAUGCUGGACAGGGGUCACUUGGAUUACCCUCGGGGCCCGCGCCGGGAGGGCUCCUUCCCGCAGGGCCAGCUUUCAAUACUGCAAGAGAAGAUAGACCAUUUGGAGCGCUUGCUAGCUGAAAACAACGAGAUCAUCUCCAACAUCAGAGACUCAGUCAUCAACCUGAGCGAGUCUGUGGAGGAUGGCCCCAAGGGCUCCCCAGGCAAUGGCAGCCAGGGCUCGGCACACCUCCUCUCUCCACAGUCAGCCCUCCAGGCUGACCCCAAAGACUGUUUGUUUGCCCCACUGAGUGGAAGUCAGCACCCGGAUGUGCAGAUGUUGGAUGUUUAUGAUCUGAUUCCUUUUGAUAACCCAGAUGGCGGAGUUUGGAAGCAAGGAUUUGACAUUAAGUAUGAAGCUGAUGAGUGGGACAGUGAGCCCCUUCAAGUUUUUGUGGUGCCCCAUUCCCACAAUGACCCAGGUUGGUUGAAGACUUUCAAUGACUACUUUAGAGACAAGACUCAGUAUAUUUUUAAUAACAUGGUCCUAAAGCUGAAAGAAGACUCAAGCAGGAAGUUUAUGUGGUCUGAGAUCUCUUACCUUUCAAAAUGGUGGGAUAUUAUAGAUAUUCCGAAGAAGGAAGCUGUUAAAAGUUUACUGCAGAGUGGUCAGCUGGAGAUUGUGACCGGCGGCUGGGUCAUGCCUGAUGAAGCCACCGCACACUAUUUUGCCUUAAUUGACCAACUGAUUGAAGGGCAUCAAUGGCUGGAAAAGAAUCUAGGAGUGAAGCCUCGAUCGGGUUGGGCCAUAGAUCCUUUUGGACACUCACCCACAAUGGCUUAUCUUCUGAAACUUGCUGGGUUUUCUCACAUGCUCAUCCAGAGAGUACAUUAUUCAGUGAAAAAACACUUCUCACUGCAAAAAUCUCUGGAGUUUUUUUGGAGGCAGAAUUGGGAUCUCGGGUCUGCCACGGAUAUUUUGUGCCACAUGAUGCCUUUCUACAGCUAUGACAUCCCUCACACCUGUGGGCCUGACCCGAAAAUCUGCUGCCAGUUUGAUUUCAAACGGCUUCCUGGAGGCAGAUACGGUUGUCCCUGGGGAGUGCCACCAGAAGCAAUAUCUCCUGGAAAUGUCCAAAGCAGAGCUCAAAUGCUACUAGAUCAGUACCGGAAGAAGUCAAAACUCUUCCGUACUAAAGUUCUCCUGGCUCCUCUAGGAGACGAUUUCCGGUUCAGUGAGUACACAGAGUGGGAUCUGCAGUACAGGAAUUACGAGCAACUGUUCAAUUACAUGAACUCUCAACCCCAUCUUAAAGUGAAGAUCCAGUUUGGAACUUUGUCUGAUUAUUUUGAUGCGUUGGAAAAAGCAGCCGCAGCGGAGAAGAAGAGCGGCCACUCCCUGUUCCCUGUCCUGAGUGGAGACUUCUUCACUUACGCUGACCGAGACGAUCACUAUUGGAGUGGGUACUUUACGUCCAGGCCAUUCUACAAACGGAUGGAUAGAAUCAUGGAAUCGCGCUUGAGGGCUGCUGAAAUUCUUUACUAUUUGGCCUUGAAGCAAGCUCAGAAAUACAAGAUAAGUAAGUUUCUCUCAUCACCGCACUACACAACACUGACAGAGGCCAGAAGGAACUUAGGACUCUUUCAACAUCACGAUGCCAUUACAGGGACCUCGAAAGACUGGGUGGUUGUGGAUUACGGUACCAGACUCUUUCAAUCGUUAAACUUUUUGGAGAAGAUAAUUGGAGACUCUGCAUUUCUUCUCAUUUUAAAGGACAAGAAGUUGUACCAAUCUCAGCUUUCUGACACCUUCUUAGAGAUGGAUAUGAAGCAAAGUUCACAAGAUUCUCUGCCAAAAAAAACCAUAAUACAACUGAGUGCAAAGGAGCCGAGGUACCUCGUGGUCUACAAUCCUUUUGAGCAGGAGCGGGAGUCAGUGGUGUCCAUCUUCGCAAACUCAGCUGCAGUGCAGGUGCUGUCGGACUCAGGAAAGCCCGUGGACGUUCAAAUCGGGGCAGUCUGGAGUGAUCCAAGAACGAUUUCACAAGCAGCCUACGAGGUUUCUUUUCUAGCUCACGUGCCACCACUGGGGAUGAAAGUGUAUAAGAUCUUAGAAUCACAGAGUGCAAGUUCACACAAGGCUGAUUACUUCCUGUACAAUGACGGAGUAGCAGAAAAUGGGAUAUUCCAGAUGAAGAACAUGGUUGAUGCAGGGGAUGCCAUAACCAUAGAGAACCCCUUCCUGGCACUCUGGUUUGACCGCUCUGGGCUUAUGGAGAAAGUGAGAACGAAAGAAGACGGUAAACUUCACGAAAUAAAGGUGCAGUUUCUAUGGUAUGGAACCACAAAUAAGAGAGACAAAAGUGGUGCCUAUCUCUUCUUGCCUGAUGGGCAGGGCCAGCCAUAUGUCUCCUUACGCCCGCCCUUUGUCCGAGUGGCUCGUGGGAGGGUCUAUUCUGAAGUGACUUGCUUCUUUGAACACGUGUCGCAUAAAGUCCGACUCUACAACGUGCCAGGGAUAGAAGGACAGUCAAUGGAAGUUUCUAAUAUUGUGGACAUUCGGAAUGUGCAUAACCGUGAGAUUGCAAUGAGAAUUUCGUCUAAAAUAAAUACCCAAAACAGAUUUUAUACUGACCUAAAUGGAUUCCAGAUUCAACCUAGAAGGACAAUGAGCAAAUUGCCUCUUCAAGCCAAUGUUUACCCGAUGAGCACGAUGUCGUACAUCCAGGAUGCAGAGCACCGGCUCACACUGCUCGCAGCUCAGUCCUUAGGCACAGCCAGCUUGGCUUCUGGUCAAAUUGAAGUCUUCAUGGAUCGAAGACUCAUGCAAGAUGAUAACCGUGGCCUUGGGCAAGGUGUGCACGAUAAUAAGAUUACAGCUAAUUUGUUUCGAAUCCUGCUGGAGAAGAGAAGUGGUGUGAACAUGGAAGAAGAGCAGAAGAGUCCAGUCAGUUACCCUUCCCUCCUCAGCCACUUGACUUCGUCCUUCCUCAACCAUCCAUUCCUUCCCAUGAUACUGAAUGUCAAGCUCUCCUCACCCGCUGUCGAGCUGCUGAAUGAGCUGUCUCUGCUCCAGUCAUCUUUACCCUGUGACAUCCAUCUGGUUAAUCUGCGCACAAUGCAGUCAAAGAUGGGUAAAGGCUACUCAGAUGAGGCAGCCUUGAUCCUCCACAGGAAAGGGUUUGAUUGCCAGUUCUCCAGUAGAGGCAUGGGUCUUUCCUGCUCAACUACUCAGGGAAAGAUGUCAGUACCAAAACUUUUCAACAAGUUUGCUGUGGAGAGCCUCACCCCUUCCUCACUGUCCUUGAUGCACUCACCCCCAGAUGCCCAGAAUCUAAGCGAAGUCACCCUGAGUCCCAUGGAGAUCAGCACAUUCCGCAUCCGCUUAAGGUGAAACUGACUGUCAGAUUUGAGUGGAGAAACUCUGACUUCCUUACUUUCCUUGGUUUUUACGUGCAAUAACUAAGUACAUUACUUUAGCUUCUGGCUACUGUGAGAACGUGACUUCUGUGAUUUAUUUUUUAUUUUUAAAACCAGUCUAGUAAAAAAAAAAGAAGAAAAAGCCAUGCUUUCAAAACGGUUUCUUUUUCUAAGUUUGUCCCACAAAGAACCACUAUCAGUGUGAACUGAUGGAAUAAAAAUGAAGAAGUAUUGAACGACAGCCCUCAACAGACUGUAUCUCAGGUUAAAUGCUAACUAAUUAUGUUUGCAUUGAGGGCUGUAAAGAGAUUCUUAAAAAAUUCAUUUUUCUGAUCAUUAGUUUUAUAUUUAAAAAAAAAUAACCCCUUUAACCUAAAUGGAAAGAAAAAAAAACAGAAGUUGGUGGGGAAUAGUUUAAUGGCCAAAAUAGUUGUAAUCAUUGAUCAUUACUACAAAUUUCAAUUUUUUGUGCGUGUUUCAAAUAUGUGGAAAAGUGCAAUCCCUCAACCCCUAUGAUAAGUGUAGUUGAUUUUCAUAUUCUUUCCCAAUGAACCUCUUGACUACCCUUUCCUACCCAUAUGUUUAAAAUAAUAACUGAUUUUUAUAGUCAUUCAACAGUAGAAAAAGAGGCAUAUUUUCAUUACUUGACAAUGUGAGAUAGGUGCAAUUUAUUCCAUUGUCACUGAAACAGAAGAAGCAAUUCCAUUUUAGGUACCACAAGGUGUCUUUUUACACAGCUCAUUUGAAUACAGGUGUUCCAAGGUGGGGUUUUCUAUUUUUAAAUUACCAUAUCAAAAAUAAAUGUGCCUUAUUUUUUUAUAAGUCUUGUUAAAUCUUUUGGUGUCCAUGUUACUGUUUGGGAAGGGGAGGGGUGUUGGGAGGCUGUGGCAGGGGUUGGGUACUUUCUAUGACACAUAAAUUAUGUAAUUUUUGCUUGAUAAUGCUGGCCACGUUCUGAUCUGUUUCAUUAAAUUUGUGGUGGUGUUACUCUAAACAUUUUGACUAUUUGAAUGUACUGAGAUGUCAGAAAACAAAACAAGGAAAAAAUAUUGUUAAUUAAAAUAUGCUGCUGCCAAGGAAACUGCAACUUGAAGCAAGGAUUUUGUAACACACGAGAUCCAAAUACUGUUUGCAUUUCACAGUAGUUAACCAUAUUAAAGAGAGAAUGCUUUAAAACAGA